AAGAAGAAGAACCGUAGGAAGUGUUGACAAAUAAUACAGUUUGACGUUUCACGUCAACGGACAGUGAAUGCAAAUAUUGUUUGCAAUCAAUGCUACUGUAGUCGUUGUACCUUAGCAUAAUUUGUCAGACUUCCAGAGCCAUCUUUUAAUUUAACAUCAUUAUUUAAUCGUACAAAUUGUUCAAUUAUGUGAUGUCGUUUAAGUGAAUCUAGCAGUAGCUGUCAUCCAAGUAGGACUAACGUUAGCUAGUUAUCUAACGUUAUCUUCCAGAGACAACGUUAGCUAGUUAUCUAACGUUAUCUUCCAGAGACAACGUUAGCUAGUUAUCUAACGUUAUCUCCCAGAGACAUGGCGACUUAAUAAAUGACCCACCACACGUCUAGACACCUUCAAAUUCGGUGACAGUACAACGUAAAAUCAGCGAUGUCUCAAUUUAUGGAUUCCGGAGAGAAUACGCCAUUGCUCAAAGAUGAUUCUGGCAGUGAUGACUCCCAAAAUGAUGAAUACAAGAGUAGAUGGCGGUCAAUUCGUGUAAUGUACUUCACAAUGUUUCUAAGCAGCGUUGGUUUCACUAUUGUCAUCACGUCAGUAUGGCCGUAUCUGCAAAAGAUUGAUGACAGUGCCAGCGCUAGCUUCCUGGGCUGGGUGGUGGCGUCCUACAGCUUGGGCCAGAUGCUGGCGUCCCCCCUCUUUGGGCUCUGGUCCAAUCACAGACCCAGGAGAGAACCGCUGGCCUGCUCUAUUUUCAUCAACGUCACAGCCAACAUCUACUACUCCUACAUCUACCUACCCACAUCACAGAACAAAUACCACAUGCUCAUGUCUCGAGCUUUAGUAGGUUUUGGAGCAGGGAACGUAGCUGUUGUGAGGUCCUAUGUUGCUGGAGCCACCUCACUGAAGGAGAGGAACAGUGCUAUGGCUAACACAAGUGCCUGUCAGGCUCUGGGGUUCAUUCUGGGUCCAGCUCUCCAGGCCGGUUUGUCAUUUAUUGGUGAACAGGGUGUUAGCGUGAAGGUAAUUGACCUACAGUUGAAUAUGUACACCGCCCCAGCUCUACUGGCUGCAUUAUUUGGCGUCAUCAAUAUCCUGCUCGUCGUAUUAGUACUAAGGGAACACCAAGUUGACGACUAUGGAAGACAUAUCAGAGCCAUCAAUUAUGUGUCUGAAGAACGAAUGGAGGUCAGCCAGGAAACAGAAGGGGAUAUUGAUCAAGUUGCUGUCUUGACCUCCAAUGUUCUAUUUUUCAUCAUCAUGUUCAUGUUUGCAGUCUUUGAGACCAUAGCCACACCCCUAUCUAUGGACAUGUUCUCUUGGACUAGGAAGGAUGCGGUGCUGUACAACGGUAUCAUACUGUCCUGCGUCGGCUUUGAGUCCAUCCUGGUGUUUCUACUUGUGAAGGUUCUCUCUCAAAGGAUUGGUGAUCGUCCUGUGCUCCUUGGAGGCUUGGCCAUCAUAUUCUGUGGCUUCUUUGUCCUGCUCCCAUGGGGGAACCAUUACCCUGMGAUCCAGUGGGCAGACCUCAAGAAUAACACUGUCAUCCACGAGACGUUUGCCCCAACCCCGGUCUCCAACAGCUCCUUCGAGCCGACAGGCUGCCCUGCUGAACAGACAUGGUGCCAGUAUACCCCCGCCAUUCACCUGGCACAGUUCCUUACCGCCGACGUCCUCAUUGGAGCGGGCUACCCGGCCUGCAACGUGAUAUCCUACACGCUCUACUCCAAAAUCCUAGGGUCCAAGCCUCAG